UCAUUGGGAGUGUACGCUGCGAUCUGCGGCUAACGCUUUUUUUGCGCAGCGGAUAGCCUGCUUUUUGUGAACUUCGGCGUGGCAGACAGGAGUAAAAUAAAAGCAAGACGUGGAGAAGAGCCAAAAACCCACGGGAUUGGUUUAAAGCACAGUCUUUUUUCCACGCAUGUCUCAGUUGUAUAUUUGGAGUAUCUGGGAAGUGGAAUUCCUGUGAACCAGCCCAUCUGCAAUGUCAAUGCGACUGCGGCUGUGAAGUCGAAAGGCAGCGACUACAGGUACACAAUGCCCUCCGGUAAAAGGCAAGAGUGAUCUCCGAUUGGCUGAAAGUACUGGGUCGUGCAGUUCUUCCACCCUGGGGGAGAGUCAGUCCCCUGAGUCACCCUGAGAGAUGGCGUCCUUCCUGCGGAGAAGGACAUUUCUGGCCUUGUGCUGCCUCCUCCACGUCCUGGCGGCUCCGUCGUCCGCGUCCAGGCAACAGCAGCAGCCCACCCCGCCGCACUCCUUGGACCGGGAGUACAGCGUGUUCCGCGCGGAGAACCCGGAGUGGACCUUCAACCACCUCGUGGUGGACUCCCGGAACGGGAAUGUGUACCUGGGGGCGGUGAACCGCAUCUACAAGCUGUCGCCGGACCUGGAGCUGCAGGUGUCGCACCAGACGGGCCCGGACGAGGACAACCGCAAGUGCUACCCGCCGCGCAUUGUGCAGCCAUGCGGCGAGCCGCUGGCCCUCACCAACAACGUCAACAAGAUGCUGCUGGUGGACUACCGCGAGAACCGCCUGCUGGCCUGCGGCAGCCUCUUCCAGGGCAUCUGCAAGCUGCUGCGGCUGGACGACCUCUUCAAGCUGGGCGAGCCCUCGCACCGCAAGGAGCACUACCUCUCCGGCGUCAACGCCAGCAGCUCCGUCGUCGGGGUGAUCGUCUCCUACGGUGACGCGGCGGCCACCGACAAGCUGUUCGUGGCCACCGCCGUGGACGGGCAGCCCGAGUACUUCCCCACCAUCUCCAGCCGCAAGCUGGCGCGCAACUCCGAGGAGGAGGGCAUGUUCGCCUACGUCUUCCACGACGAGUUCGUGGCCUCCAUGAUCAAGAUCCCCUCGGACACCUUCACCGUGGUGCCGGACUUCGACAUCUACUACGUGUACGGCUUCGGCAGCGGGACCUUCGUCUACUUCCUGACGCUGCAGCCGGAGAUGGGCGGGCCGGCGGCGGGCUCGGCGGCUGCCCGUGAGCAGGUCUACACCUCCAAGCUGGUGCGCCUCUGCAAGGACGACACGGCCUUCAACUCCUACGUGGAGGUGCCGCUGGGCUGCGUGCGGGGCGGGGUGGAGUACCGCCUCCUGCAGGCCGCCCACCUGUCCAAGGCGGGGACGCUGCUGGCGCGGGCCCUGCGUGUGCCGCCGGGCGCCGACGUCCUCUACGCCAUCUUCUCCAAGGGCCAGAAGCGGCGGCCGCGCCAAGCCUCCCGGGAGUCGGCGCUCUGCGUCUUCCCGCUGCGAGAGAUCAACGACCGCAUCAAGGAGCGGCUGCAGUCCUGCUACCGCGGCGAGGGCACGCUGGACCUGGCCUGGCUCAAAGUCAAGGACAUCCCCUGCAGCAGCGCUCUCCUGACGAUCGAUGAUAACUUCUGUGGGCUGGAUAUGAACGCGCCCCUGGGAGUGUCGGACAUGGUGCUGGGCAUGCCCCUCUUCUCCGAGGAGUCCGACAAAAUGACCUCGGUCAUCGCCUACGUCUACAAGAACCACUCGCUGGCCUUCGUGGGCACCCAGAGCGGGCGUCUUAAGAAGGUCCGCGUGGAUGGACCUUCCCACGGUGCCUUGCAGUACGAGACGGUUCAAGUGGUGGACAGCGGGCCCAUUCUACGGGACAUGGCCUUCUCCGCUGACCAUAACUUCCUGUAUGUCAUGUCGGAAACACAGCUGACUCGGGUGCCGGUGGAGGUGUGUGGACAGUACUCCACCUGCAGUGAGUGUCUGGGGUCUGGGGAUCCGCACUGCGGCUGGUGUGUGCUGCACAACACAUGUACCAGGAAGGAAAUGUGCCAGCGCUCUGCCGAGCCCAGGCGGUAUGCCUCAGACAUCAAGCAGUGCGUCCGCCUGAGUGUCCACCCCAGCAACAUCUCAGUGUCCCAGUACAGCGUCACGCUGGUCCUGGAGGCCCACAACGUGCCGGAGCUCUCUGCAGGGGUGCACUGCUCGUUUGGGGACCUGGCAGAGAUGGAUGGCCUGGUGGAGGGGAACCGUAUAAAGUGCAGCUCACCCGCAGAGAGGGAGGUGCCCCGCAUCGUCGUCAGCAAAGGAGAUCAUCAGGUCAUCCAGCUGUACCUCAAGUCCAAGGAGACGGGCCUGGCCUUCGCCAACACCAGCUUCGUUUUCUACAACUGCAGCGUUCACCGAUCGUGUCUGUCCUGCGUCGGCAGCCCUUACCAGUGUCACUGGUGUAAGUUCCGACACGUCUGCACCCACGACCCUCGAACCUGUUCCUUCCAGGAGGGCCGGGUCAAGCAGCCAGAGGAGUGCCCCCAGCUGCUCCCGGCCGAGCGGAUCCUGGUCCCGGUGAACGUGGUGAAGCCCAUCACCCUGCGGGCGCGGAACCUGCCCCAGCCCCAGUCGGGACAGCGCGGGUACGAGUGUGUCCUCACCAUCCAGGGCCAGGAGCAGAGAGUGCCAGCCCUGCGCUUCAACAGCUCCAGCGUGCAGUGCCAGAACACCUCCUACUGGUAUGAUGGAAUGGACACGAGCAGCCUCCCGGUGGAUUUGACGGUCAUCUGGAACGGCGACUUCAGCAUUGACAACCCAGCAGACAACAAAGUGCACCUGUACAAGUGUGACGCCCGGCGGGAGAGCUGCGGCCUGUGUCUGAAGGCCGACCCCCUGUUCGGCUGCGUCUGGUGCAAGGCGGAGAGCCGCUGCACCCUCAAGCAGCACUGCCUCCACCCGGAGAGCCAGCAGCUGGAGCACGCCGGCCCCAACAGCAAGUGCACCCACCCCAAAAUCACGCAGAUCAGUCCCCUGCGUGGGCCCCGGGAGGGCGGGACCCUGGUCACCAUCCGGGGUGAGAACCUGGGCCUGGAGUUCCGGGAGAUCCAGGGUCGAGUGAAGGUGGCGGAGGUGGACUGCAGGCCGGUCCCGGAGGGGUACAUCCCCGCAGAGCAGAUUGUGUGUGAGAUGGGGAAGGCAGAGAAGAGCCAGUACGCUGGCAACGUGCAGGUGUGCGUGGGGGAGUGCCGGCCAGAAUUCAUGGCCACUUCAUACAAGUACUAUUACUUUGUGGUCCCCAAACUGCUGCAUCUGAAGCCGAGCCGAGGGCCUGUUUCCGGGGGAACCGUCGUCAACAUCACCGGCAGCAACCUGGAUGCUGGCAGCAAUGUCUCCAUCAUGUUUAAGGACCAAAAGUGUACCUACCUCAGGAGAGGCGGUCAGUGGAUCACCUGCCGCUCCCAGGCCUCCCUGCAGGGCUACGGGAACGUCAGCGUGUCGGUCAGCGUGGACAAGGCCCAUCUGCAGCCGGACCUCAGGUUCGAGUACGUGGAGGACCCCACCAUCCUCAAACUGGAGCCCGAGUGGAGCAUUUUCAGUGGGAACACCCCGGUGACGGUGACAGGGACCAAUCUAGACAUCAUUCAGAGCCCCAUGAUCCGAGCCAAGUACAACGGGCUGGAGACACUGAACACGUGCCGUGUCCGCAGCUCCACCGCCAUGCUGUGCCAGGCCCCGGAGCUGCCCGUCAGCCUGAGCCGCCAGAGGGAGGUGGCGGAGCAGCCCGACGAGUUCGGCUUCGUCCUGGACGACGUUCAGUCCGUUCAGGACCUCAACACCAGCUUCACGUACUUCCCCAACCCUGUAUUUGAGGCACUGAGCACGUCCGGAGUUCUGGAACUCAAGCCCGGCUCACCCAUCAUACUGAAGGGCAGGAACUUCCUUCCUCCCGCCCCCGGGGGCAAUGGCAAGCUGAACUUCAGCGUUCUGAUUGGAGAGAAACCCUGUCCGUUAACUGUCUCCAACACCCAGCUGCUCUGUGAGUCACCGAACCUGACGGGGCGCCACAAGGUCCUGGCACGGGUGGGCGGGAUCGAGUUCUCGCCGGGCGUGGUCCACAUCUCCUCGGACAGCCCGCUCAGCAGCACGGCCGUGGUGGGCAUCGCCGGAGCCGGAGCCCUCCUCAUCUUCUUCAUCGUGGUGGUGCUCAUCGCCUACAAGCGCAAGUCCCGCGAGAGCGACCGCACGCUCAAGCGGCUGCAGAUGCAGAUGGACAACCUGGAGUCCCGCGUGGCCCUGGAGUGCAAAGAGGCCUUCGCAGAGCUGCAGACGGAUAUCCACGAGUUAACCAGUGACUUGGACGGUGCUGGAAUCCCUUUCCUGGAUUAUAGGACUUACACAAUGAGGGUCCUCUUCCCCGGCAUUGAGGAACACCCUGUCCUGAGGGACCUGGAGGUCCCGGGCUACCGGCAGGAGCAGGUGGAGAAGGGCCUGAAGCUGUUCGGCCAGCUCAUCAACAACAAGGUGUUCCUGCUGUGCUUCAUCCACACGCUGGAGUCUCAGCGUGGCUUCUCCAUGCGCGACCGCGGCAACGUGGCCUCGCUCAUCAUGACCGUGCUGCAGAGCAAGCUGGAGUACGCCACCGACGUGCUCAAGCAGCUGCUCUCCGACCUCAUCGACAAGAACCUGGAGAGCAAGAACCACCCCAAACUGCUGCUGCGCAGGACCGAAUCUGUUGCAGAGAAAAUGCUCACAAACUGGUUCACCUUCCUGCUCUACAAGUUUCUAAAGGAGUGCGCUGGAGAGCCCCUGUUCUCCCUCUUCUGUGCCAUAAAGCAGCAGAUGGAGAAAGGCCCCAUCGACUCCAUCACGGGCGAGGCACGCUACUCUCUCAGCGAGGACAAACUCAUCAGGCAGCAGAUCGACUACAAGACACUGGUCGUUAACUGCAUACACCCAGACAACGAGAAGAGCCCAGAGAUCCAGGUGAAGGUUCUGAACUGUGACACCAUCAGCCAGGUCAAGGAGAAGAUCCUGGACGCCAUCUAUAAGAACGUGCCCUAUUCUCACAGACAAAAGGCCUCCGAUCUGGACCUGGAGUGGCGUCAGGGGAGAGGAGCACGGCUCAUCCUGCAGGACGAGGAUGCCACCACCAAGAUCGAGGCCGACUGGAAGAGACUCAACACGCUGACCCACUACCAGGUGCCUGACAAUUCGGUGGUGGCCCUCGUCCCCAAACAGGUCAUGGUGUACAACUCUGUCAACAGCUCCACCGUCUCCAGAACCUCUGCCAGUAAAUAUGAGAACAUGAUCAAGUACACGGGAAGCCCUGACAGCCAGCGGUCGCGCACGCCCAUGAUCACGCCUGACACGGAGAGCGGGGUCAAGGCGUGGCACCUGGUGAAGAACCACGAGCACGGCGACCAGAAGGAGGGCGACCGCGGGAGCAAGAUGGUGUCCGAGAUCUACCUGACCCGCCUGCUGGCCACCAAGGGCACGCUGCAGAAGUUUGUGGACGACCUCUUUGAGACCAUCUUCAGCACAGCGCACCGCGGCAGCGCCCUGCCCCUCGCCAUCAAGUACAUGUUCGACUUCCUGGAUGAGCAGGCGGACAAGCACGGCAUCCACGACCCGCACGUCCGCCACACGUGGAAGAGCAACUGCCUACCUCUGAGGUUCUGGGUGAACGUGAUCAAGAACCCGCAGUUCGUCUUCGACAUCCACAAGAGCAGCAUCACGGACGCCUGCCUGUCGGUGGUGGCCCAGACCUUCAUGGACUCCUGCUCCACCUCCGAGCAUCGCCUGGGCAAGGACUCCCCCUCCAACAAGCUGCUCUACGCCAAGGACAUCCCCAGCUAUAAGAGCUGGGUGGAGAGAUACUACUGGGACAUCAGCAGGUUGCCGGCCAUCAGCGACCAGGACAUGAACGCUUACCUGGCGGAGCAGUCCCGCCUGCACGCUCACGAGUUCAACGCCAUGAGCUCCCUCAGCGAGAUCUACUCCUACGCCAGCAAGUACAGCGAGGAGAUGGUGUGCGUGCUGGAGCAGGACGACGUUGCCAGGAAACAGAGACUGGCCUUCAAGCUGGAGCAGGUGGUCACGCUGAUGAGCAUGGAGAGCUGA